GUUGACUACAACACCACAAACCAGUCAGUUGUUGACCACGGGUGUGUGAAGAGGCAUCAGUAGCUGUCCAACGUGCAACCUUACAUCACCUGACAGCUCAAAACCAUUCUCUGAAGAUCAUUUCCCAGUCAAGAUGAGUGUGGUGUUGGUGCUGGGGUCAGGAGGUAGGGAGCAUGCCCUUGCUGUUGCCUUGGCUGCCUCUCCUGCAGUGUCAUCUGUUCUUGUUGCUCCAGGGAAUGCUGGCACCCACAUUACCCCCAACGUCACCAAUAUCUCCCUCAACUUCAAGGACCAUCAAGCGGUGAUCGAGGCCUGCCGCCAGAAAAAUGUGAGUGUGGUGGUUGUGGGGCCUGAAGACCCUCUGGCAGAUGGGCUGGCCAAUUCACUCACUACUGCUGGAAUUAAGGUAUUUGGACCCACUAAAGAGGCAGCACAGAUCGAGUCGAGCAAAGCCUGGGCUAAGGACUUCAUGGUGCGUCAUGAGGUGCCCACAGCUGCAUAUAGAACCUUUACCGAUGCUCAAAAGGCCAAAGACUUUAUAAAAACGGAGACAUGGGCUGGCUAUGUGGUAAAGGCUUCAGGACUGGCAGCAGGGAAAGGUGUGGUGGUAACAGACUCCUGCAUUGCUGCCAUUGAAGCUGUGGACACUGUUUGUAAGAACUUUGGGGCAGCAGGGGAAACUAUAAUUAUUGAAGAACUUCUCGGAGGUGAAGAAAUUUCUGUGUUGUGUUUCACUGAUGGAAAUACCGUAACUGUGAUGCCUCCAGCCCAGGAUCAUAAGCGCCUUCAGGAGGGUGAUCAGGGACCAAACACUGGAGGAAUGGGGGCCUACUGCCCAUGCCCUCUGGUGUCACAACAAGAGCUUCAAACAAUAAAAGAAACUAUACUUGUGAAGACUGUCAGUGGGCUACGAAAAGAAGGCAUACCCUUUGUUGGAGUGUUGUAUGCAGGUCUCAUGAUUACAUCAUCAGGGCCAAAAGUACUUGAAUUUAAUUGUCGUUUUGGUGAUCCAGAAACCCAGGUCCUACUUCCCCUUCUGCUGUCAGACUUUUAUGACAUCAUCCUGGGUUGUGUUGAGGGACGGCUGUCAGAGGUCCCUGUCAAGUUCGAUGAGAAGAACACAUGUGUGGCCGUUUGCUUGGUCAGUGGUGGCUAUCCAGGAUCCUAUCCCAAGGGAAAACCUAUAACAGGACUGUCAGAUGUGUGUGAGGAGGCCGGGGUGCAGGUGUACCACGCUGGCACAAAGCUUGAUGGUAAAAGACUCGUAACCUCUGGUGGCAGAGUCUUGGCUGUUGCCGUCACUGAUCCCAGCCUUGUAACAGCUGUUGCCAAGGCUACAAUGACAGCCAGCAGAGUAAUGUUUGAUGGUGUUUUCUUCAGGAGGGACAUAGCUGCCAAAGCUAUUGCUAGGUAUGCUGUGGGACAAGGUGGAGUAACGUAUCGGGACAGUGGUGUGGACAUUGUUGCUGGGGAAGCUGUGGUGUCUGCCAUUAAAGAUGUAGCAGCCACCACUACACGCUCAGGUGUGAUGGGCAGCCUGGGGUCAUUUGGGGGAUUGUUUGAUCUACAAGCAGCAGGUUACAGCGAGCCGAUAUUGGUAUCGGGAACUGACGGUGUUGGAACCAAGCUGAAGGUGGCACAAGCAGCAUGUAUACACAAUACAGUGGGGCAAGACUUGGUGGCCAUGUGUGUAAAUGAUGUGUUGGUUCAUGGUGCAGAACCCCUAUUCUUCCUGGACUACUUUGCCACUGGUCAUCUGGAGGUUGGUGUGGCAGCCAGUGUAAUAAAAGGUGUAGCAGAUGGCUGUUUACUUGCUGGAUGUGCUCUUAUAGGUGGAGAGACAGCAGAGAUGCCUGGGUUGUACUCCCCUGGGGAAUACGACCUUGCUGGGUUCACUGUCGGAGCUGUUGAGAAAAGUGGAUUGUUACCUCGAAAGAGUGAAAUUGUGGCCGGUGAUGUUGUGCUGGGCUUGGCAUCAUCUGGUCUUCAUAGUAAUGGUUUUAGUUUGGUGAGAAAAAUUGUUGAAGCAAGUAACCUGAAGUACACAGAUCCAGCCCCGUUUUCCCCAAGUAAAACUCUUGGGUCCGAGCUUUUGACACCAACAAGAAUCUAUUCCAAGGCUGUGAUGGCUGCCCUGCACAGUGGUCUAGUGAAGGCAGCCGCUCACAUCACUGGUGGUGGCUUGAUGGAGAACCUGCCACGUGUCCUCCCAAACAACCUGACGGCCACACUUCAAGCUACCAAGUGGCACAUACACCCCGUCUUCCACUGGCUUGCUGCUCAUGGCGUGAGCAGCAGUGAGAUGGCUCGAACAUUCAACUGUGGUGUGGGUCUCGUGCUGGUGGUGGGGGCAGGAGAGGUGACGCAGGUUACUCAGCUUAUCUCGGACAACCAGGUUUUUGUCAUCGGAACACUGAAAACACGACUGGAAGCAGGGUCUCCACAGGUUGUGAUUGAGAAGCUGGAUUAUGUAUUUGGAACUGGUGCAGCCUCCAUUCUUCCCUUGUGCCCUUUGCUGACAACUCCACAUAGAAAGGUUGCGGUGCUCAUCUCUGGUUCAGGAACUAAUCUUCAGGCACUACUAGAUCAUACACGAUCAGGGCUGAGUGCAGCAAAGAUUGUUCUGGUGAUCAGCAAUGUUCCUGAUGUCAAAGGUCUUCAAAGGGCAAAGGAUGCUGGUGUUACUACAGAGGUGAUUCCCCACAAAAACUACAAGAAUAGGCAGGAGUUUGAUGCAGCUCUGACAGUGGCACUGAGGAAGGUGGAAACUGAACUCAUCUGCCUAGCAGGGUUUAUGAGAAUCUUGACUGGUGAUUUUGUGAAGACAUGGAGGGGGAAACUUCUCAACAUACAUCCAUCAUUGUUACCAUCCUUCAAAGGCAUGCAUGCACAGAGGCAGGCACUACAGGCUGGGGUGACACUCACUGGCUGCACUGUGCACUUUGUUGCUGAAGAAGUUGAUGGAGGGGCUAUUGUAACACAAGAGGCGGUGCCAGUCUUACCAGGAGACACUGAAGAUAUUCUGGCAGAGCGCAUCAAAACAGCUGAACACAAAGCUUUCCCAAGAGCAAUGGAGAUGGUAGCAAGAGGUCAAGUAGUUCUUGGAGACGAUGGUUGUUGCAGCAGAUAGUAGCAGCCUCCCUGUACUACAUGCAGUAGCAGAAAUUCCCCCUUGGAAACAGCUCAACAAUUUUAGUGGCAUAGCUUGUAGAGUAUUAUACAUUGCUCAGUUGCAGAGGACAUAAACUUUGUUGUGGCACCCAAAAUAUACAAACUUUUUUUUUCCAUAUCAUUACACUUACUUGAAUUAUUGUAAACAUCUGCUUUAUAUUAUUUAUGAUCUCGGGUUUUAAAAGCUGUGGUUUUCCAAAGAAAAAAAACAUUGGUUCCUACACUGAACGGUUUGUCCAUGACAUCAGAUUUACAUAAUGUUUCAGCAAUGUACAAAUAUUGGUUAUUACUGAUGGUUAAAGCACCUUGCUUAUAUACUAGUUAGUUGAUAUUGUUGGUUUUUGUAUUACAAAUUAAAAAGAUAUGCAAUAUA